CCGGUUUCCUUUUGUAACUUGGUGAAGUGUUGAUCUGUAGGACGAAGCGGUAAGUGAAGAUGCUGUCCCUGUCUCGGACAUUGGUGAGCGCUUCGUUGCGGUCCACGACAGUGGUUAGCCAGUGCGGGGCGACAGCUCUGACCCGGUUCAACAGCACCGCUGCUCAGCAGGAGAAGCCAAAGAAGACUAAGUUUGGACCCUUAAGUGAUCAGGACAGGAUUUUCACCAAUUUGUAUGGCCGUCAUGACUGGAGGCUGAAAGGUGCCCUGAGCCGUGGCGACUGGUACAAGACCAAGGAGAUCCUUCUGAAGGGGGCCGACUGGAUCCUCAACGAGAUCAAAGUCUCAGGCCUGCGAGGGAGGGGCGGAGCCGGCUUCCCCACCGGCAUGAAAUGGGGCUUCAUGAACAAGCCCAGCGAUGGCCGACCAAAGUACCUGGUGGUGAAUGCUGACGAGGGGGAGCCCGGUACCUGCAAGGACAGGGAGAUCAUGCGCAAUGACCCCCACAAGCUGGUGGAGGGCUGCCUGGUGGCCGGCAGAGCCAUGGGGGCCCGCGCCGCCUACAUCUACAUCCGCGGAGAGUUCUACAACGAGUCCUCCAACCUGCAGAUGGCAAUUAACGAGGCUUACGUGGCGGGCCUGAUUGGCAAGAAUGCCUGUGGCUCGGGUUACGAUUUCGACGUGUUCGUCAUGCGGGGGGCAGGCGCCUACAUCUGCGGCGAAGAGACGGCGCUCAUCGAGUCCAUCGAGGGCAAGCAGGGGAAGCCCCGCCUCAAGCCCCCGUUCCCCGCCGACGUGGGUGUGUUUGGCUGCCCGACGACGGUUGCCAACGUGGAGACGGUUGCUGUGGCGCCCACCAUCUGUCGCCGUGGAGGUUCGUGGUUCGUUAGCUUCGGGAGGGAGAGGAACUCUGGGACGAAGCUCUUCAACAUCUCCGGCCACGUCAACACCCCCUGCACCGUGGAAGAGGAGAUGUCCAUCCCCCUCAAAGAGCUGAUCGAGAGACAUGCAGGAGGAGUGCGAGGCGGCUGGGACAACCUGCUGGCGGUGAUCCCUGGGGGUUCCUCCACGCCCCUCAUCCCACGCUCGGUGUGUGAGGAUGUGAUGAUGGACUUCGACGCCCUCAUCCAGGCGCAGACCGGUCUGGGCACAGCUGCAAUCAUCGUCAUGGACAAAUCCGCGGACAUCAUCAAAGCCAUCGCCCGCCUGAUCGAGUUCUACAAACACGAGAGCUGUGGCCAGUGCACCCCGUGCAGGGAGGGAGUGGACUGGAUGAACAAGAUGAUGUGGCGGUUCGUUCGCGGGGACGCGAGGACGUCGGAAAUCGACAUGAUCUGGGAGAUCAGCAAGCAGAUCGAGGGACACACCAUCUGCGCCCUGGGCGACGGAGCCGCCUGGCCAGUGCAGGGGCUGAUCCGUCACUUCCGGCCUAUAAUGGAGAGCCGGAUCGCGGAGUUCCAGCAGAAGCAGCAGGCCAGGGCUUAACUCCACCAUCCAUCCCCCACCCCCACCCCCCACCACUCUGUGCCAUCACAACCCCUCCCUCGCAUUAUUUAACAAGAUUGUUGUCUCUGAUUGUGAAUAAGUACAUUACAGCCUGUCUUUGUAGGCUUAUCUUCAAUAAAGUUCUAAGAACCCAA